CAGACUCCACAACUAAGGAUUUAACAGCCAGGAGCAGUGACAGCAGCUUCUUCGAUCCCCCCAUUGUUUCUUUGGAGCGUAAACCUUCACGGUUUAGCUUCACAAGAUGGACCUCAGGGUAACAAGCCUUGUCCUCGUCCUCCUCGCUCUGGCCGAGGCAACCCCCGAUAGGUACUACCACGUACCCAAAGUGAGCAAGACUCCUUACCCCGUCAAGAGUCAUGCUGUUACAGGUGAACAAGGUCCUCAAGGUCCUCCAGGUGAGCCAGGACCAAUGGGACCACCUGGAUCUCCUGGAAAGAGUGGUGUAGGACAUACUGGACCACAAGGGCCACCUGGAUCUCCUGGAGCACCUGGCCACUCUCAGGCAGGUAAACCUGGUACCCCAGGUGGACCUGGAAAACCAGGUGCCCCUGGCAUCCCUGGUGAGAGAGGCGCAACUGGUGCACCUGGACAAAUGGGCCCCCGGGGUACACCUGGUUCAAAUGGAGCACCUGGACCUGCUGGAUAUUCUUCUGCUGGAAAACCUGGGCCAUCUGGAAUUCCUGGGGCAAUGGGACCAAGAGGAGAGCCUGGUCUGAAGGGACAUCCUGGUAUUCCUGGUCUUCCUGGCACCAAAGGAGAAAGAGGUAUUGGAGUUCCUGGGGUUCAAGGAUCAUCAGGUCCAGUUGGACCAAUGGGCCCAUCUGGUAUGCCCGGCAAGCCUGGAGUUGGUAAACCUGGAGCUACUGGCUAUCCUGGGGAGCCUGGCAAGUCUGGUAUGCCAGGAAGAGAUGGUUCUCCUGGGGCAAUGGGUAUGCCAGGAGCAAAGGGUCACACUGGGGCUCCAGGCACAGGAUCACCAGGAAAGCCAGGCCAAAAUGGUACCCCAGGUUUGCCUGGACCUAUGGGCCUUAAAGGCCCACAGGGACCAGCUGGUCAGGCAGGCUCACCUGGAAUGCCAGGUGUUGGAAAAACAGGAGAACCUGGAAUUCCAGGCAGCAGAGGAGCCCCCGGUACCUCUGGAACCACUGGUCAGAAAGGAGAACCAGGUCCAACUGGUUAUACUGGUCAACCAGGUGCUACUGGUCCUAUCGGUCCAGCUGGUCCACAGGGUGCAAGAGGAUUCCAGGGUGAGUCAGGCCCAGCAGGACCCAAAGGCGAUGUCGGUAUGGUUGGUGCACCAGGCCCAAGGGGAACCAAAGGCGAACAAGGAGCUCAGGGUUUCACUGGUAAACCAGGUUCCCCUGGAGCAGUAGGUCCUUCAGGAAUUCCAGGUCAUAAUGGCCCUCAAGGUUCAAAGGGUGCACAAGGCCAUGCUGGUUCCCCAGGUCAACCAGGUUCAAAUGGUGCACCAGGACUAAAAGGACACACCGGUCCCCAAGGAGCACCAGGACAGAAUGGUGAGGAUGGAAGGCCAGGACCUAUGGGACCCUCUGGUCCCCCCGGUCCCUCAGGCCCCGCAGGACUUAAGGGCCAUCCUGGUGUUCCAGGCCCACCAGGCCCAUCUGGCCUGACAUCUAAGGGAAUUUCUGGUCCUCAGGGUCAACCUGGAAUUCCAGGUGAAAGAGGUAAUGAUGGUAUCCCAGGCGCCUCUGGUCCUCCUGGUCCACCUGGUCCACCAGGUGAGAUGGUCUACUACCAUGAGAAGAGCAUGCCAAUCAAGUCCCACGAGGUUGCACUGUCUCAUGAGAUGAUGAAGGCGCCCAUGUCUGCAUUUAGUGCUGUUCUGACCACGGCCUACCCCCCAGCUGGACACCCAAUUCGGUUUAACCAGGUUCUGUAUAAUGGAGAGCACCACUAUGAUGACCACAGUGGUGUGUUCAACUGCCAGAUCCCAGGUCUCUACUAUUUCAGCUAUCACAUCCAUGUCAAUGGUGCCAACGCAUUGGUGGCCCUCUACAAAAAUGAGGAGCCAGUACUCUUCACCUAUGAUGAGUACAACAAGGGCUUCCUGGAUCAGAUGUCAGGCAGCGCUGUGCUCAUGCUGCAUGCUGGUGACAGGGUCUUCCUCCAGGUCCCUGAUGAGGAGAGUAAUGGCAUAUUUGCUGCAGAUAAUGUUCACUGUGCUUUCUCUGGGUUCUUGAUUGCCUCAACGUGAUUUCACAAAUCCAAGUAAACCUCAAAACCUUACAAACAUUGAACUACUCAGAGAAACAGAUCCGCUUACAAAAAUUCCAAAUUGAGAUCGUAGAUCAAAGAAAAACAUGGCUGUAGUUUUUAAAUGUUUAAUUGCCUCAUUGAAAUCAUUAGAAUUAUGGGUUAGGUUUAACAGAGGUAUUGAUGCUAAAUAAAACCUUAAAGUAUGUGGUUGAAAUUGAUACCAUUCCCCAGAUCAUCCUUAUGUGUGCCUCUUCACUUUUAAGAAACACAAGACAACAUUGGAAGAUAUCUUAAGUGGUGCUAUACAACUGCCUGUAACAUUUACAGCAUGUCUUUUAUUUGUGUUUGUUUUACUGAUGUCUGUUGUUCAAGAGUUUUCCUGUAAUAUA